AGAAUAAUUUUUUAUGUUUAUAACCUUGAGCAAUAGAAUUCAUAAGCCAGCAGCAUGAUGAUGUCAAUGGUGGAAAGCAAAGUGGAGGAGAAGAAGGACAGAGCUGGUACUGUGGUUGACAGAGAAAAGACGUGUCCUCUGUUGCUGCGAGUGUUUGUGUGCAUGGGCAGACACCACCACAUGGCUGAGUACAGACGAGGGGCAACGCCCCCCAAUGGUCUGCAGGUCUACACAUGGAUGGAUGCCACUCUCCGAGAACUUGCUGGUCUUGUCCAAGAAAUAAAUCCCGACACCAAGAGACGAGGCACUCAGUUCGAGUUCGCCCUCGUCUUCCCCGACCUCAACAAAAUGCAGGCCCGGCUCAGGGAAAUUGGCACCAUUGUUGUCGGCCAUCAAGGGUUUGAGGACAACAAAACCCUUGCCCAGAGCCAGUUUUGCAUCGGGGACCACUUGGACGUGGCCAUCACCUUCCCUGUGAGAGGCCCGCCUGGUCCAUCCAUGCGCAGACCUAUGCGGCCAUUCCCCAUGAACCCGGAUUACGACACGUGGAACAACUAGCCUGUAAUUACCUUCGAGUUUUAGAUUUUGUAAAACUUGUUGGUAAUUAUGUAGCGUGUCUCCAUUAGAUCACUCUAGUAAAUAAAUUAAGUAAUCAAGAAAGUUAAUCAGUAGUUCAAUGUAGUAGCAAUUUUGUGUAAUAACAUGUUGAGCUUUAUUCGCUCUAUCUGACCAGGCUAUUCAAGUUACUGCUUAACAAUCAGAAGAAGUGUGAACAAUCAGAAUUUUGACGCUUACGAGGGUUUAUUACAUUAAAUAUAAACUUUUAAUGUCUGAACUUCAAGAUUAACACAUUUAAUUUUGUGAUGUGGCUGGGAGAUUGUUUCAAAAUGACGGGUUAAUUGAUUAAAGAUAUGGUUUUUUUCUUUAGGGUUUCGAAACCCUAUCUUUAAAGAUAGGGUUUCGUUUCAAAAUGGCGGGUUGCUUGGUUAGGGUCGUUUGUUCAGAGGAGAAUCUGAUCGUUUCCAUUUAGAGGCGCCCGGUAUUGCUUUUGGUUGAUCUCGUAUAAGUUAAAGGACUUCAAGUUCGUUGACAUGAUUUCGAAUUAGCGUUUGUAAGUCCUGAGUUCUAAAGUAUUUUUUAGUGAGCCAGUGUCUGCAAAUUUAGGUAUUCGGUAUUAUGUACAAGUAGAGAUCAUUUUCAUAUAGUAAACCUGAAUUUGGUUGAAAACUUAAAUCGGAUUACCUUAUCUAUUGUAACCAAAAAUAUUUUUACUACGUUUUCAAGUACGAGUUUAACGAAUGAAAGAUAGAUGAGUAUCAAACGUGCCAGAUCUAAUACGUUUAAUGCACAACUUUUUCGAAAGUACAGGAAGAAAUGUUUGAGUUCACUUCGAACUUCUGCUAUCUUAGGAUUACAAUAAGGCGUCAAAAGAGGAGCAUUUUAUAUUCUUAUGUCGAAGCCUCUAAUUUGAACGUGCUGCUUCUUGCGCGUUUCGAAUUUAUUUUUGUUCAGAAUCUUUAUUUUCGUGACCAAAAUUUAACAUCCAGAAGUAUUGGAGUUGAAUAGAUUAAGUAUAGGAGUUGAAUCUUGACAUAAUCUGCAUUUUGUUUUCGCCGCGCUAGGCAUGUUUGUACGCAACAGAGGUUGACGCCAUGAACGAAAGGCGGUAACUAAGUUUGAGGAACAAUAAAUAAAGAACAACAGCUCUUCACAUUUAUUCCCUGUUGGCUUGCACGAA